UGGAUCACGUUUGAGUGACCAUGGAGUGCGUUCGCUGUCAUGUAGUUGAGCGUUAACACGGCGUGAACCGCAGCAAGAGGGGGACUUUCGCGUGGAGACGAGGCGCCACAGUCGAGCCAUGGCUGCGCGGGAGGAAGGAGACGUUUCACACAGCAAAACAAGGCACCGCGACGGAGCUGGAAGUGUAAACAGCUCAGAGGGCUUCAGGAACGGCUACGUGAAGAGCUGCGUCACCCCCCUCAAACAGGACCAUCAGUGGGGAUUUUUGGUGAACGUGUGCAGGUUCUGCAACGAGGACUCAAAACUGUUGAAGGUCUCCGUCCUCUACGUGGGCGCGUUUGUCGUUUUCGCGCUUUCCCUCCUCAUUUCGAGGAGCUUGCAAAGUGACUCGCUGUGGGAUUUGCGGACUUUUCUGUGGGGCUUCUCGCAGUCCAUCAGCCCGCUGUUCAGCAUAGGAUGUGCCUUCUUCUUCCUAACGUUGUACCUGCGGAGGAAAAAGAGGGAGGGCAGCAAAUGCUGGCUCGUGUCACUGCCAGCGUCGUGUUACCUCGGGGAUUUUUUGGUUUUGCGGUUCUUGCAAUGGGGAGAGGAGCAGCACCAGAUGCAAAUGGUGGGCAGGUUGUUGUUCGUGCUGGGAUGCGUGGGUCUGCUCACGCUCAUCCCCACGCUCAAACUCAAACACAGUGUCCUCAUCGUGGUCUUCGCCAGCGUGGUGUGGCUCGUGUCGUUCACAAGUUUGAGCGGGCUGCCCGCGCUGCUCAGGCCGCUCCUCGCCUGCUUCGCCGGGGUCUGUGGCUCCCUGUUGGGGCUCACCUUCGACCGUUACAACCCGUCGAGAGAGGCGGCGGGCGGGAGUCCCAGCGCCGAGGAGAAGGUCCCAGUGAUCAGACCCAGGAGGCGGUCCAGCUGCGUGUCACUGGGGGAGACGUCGACCAGCUACUAUGGCAGUUGUAAAAUGCCCCGCAGACCCUCGUUACCCUGUAUAUCCAGAGAACAGAUGAUCCUGUGGGACUGGGAUCUGAAACACUGGUACAAACCGCAGUAUCAGGGUGCGGUGAGCGGCAACGGCGUGGAUCUGUCGGUCAUCAACGAGGCCAGGAACUUGGUGUCGGACCUGCUCAUGGACUCGUCCCUGUCGCCGCACACCGUCUCGGCUCUGCGCAGCAUCUCCAGCCUCAUGGGCACGUUCUCCGGCUCGUGCCGCCCCCGGGUGAACCCCUUCACCCCCUUCCCGGGUUUCUACCCCUGCGAUGAGGUGGAAGACUCUGUCGAGCGGAGCGACAGGAAGACCAUUAAGGGUCUGAGCAGCAGAAACAGCCUCCCCACCCCUCAGCUGCGACGGAGUUCCACCUCCUCCUCCUGCGCCUCUGCGCUCUCCGCUCUUGACUCCACCUCUUCACGUUGGGAGCGCAGCAGUGGCAAGAGGCCCCACCCUGACCUCAACUUGACCAGCUCAGGUCUGUCCAAUGGGCCCAGUGCAAACCUGCUAACCAUUCCCAAGCAGAGAUCGUCCUCUGUUACCCUCACAUACCAUGCAGGGCCUCGGAGAGCUGGUACAUCUCCGAGCCUGAGCCCGCUCACCUCACCAAGCCACAGCCCUCCCGCAGUGGGUCUGGGCUCCUCGUCCUCUUCGUCGUCCCUCGUCACGCGCUCGCCCGUGGAGUUCCCCGACACGGCGGACUUCCUGACGAAGCCGAGCGUCAACCUGAACCUGCACAAGCCGAUGGGCUACACGUUCAGCUCGCCGGACUUUCAGCAGUCUUACCGCAGCUCCGCUCUCCCUCUCCCUCUCUGCACCAGCUGUGGUCGUCAGAUGCUCAAGGGGUUUUCAGGUGGUGAUUCAGGGGAAUCGGCAUCAAGCAGUGAGGCUCAACGCAGGCGUUCAGGAGGCGAAGGGCUGGAGUUCGCCGGUGACUCCCUGAUCAGGGAGGAGUGUCUGGAGGUGCACGCGUCUGGAGACGGGAGACCGGAUGUUGCGGGGAACCAGGGACGGACUGAGGAGGAGAAGGAGAAGAACCCAAGCACAGACCAGCAGACUCAGGAAUCAGAGGGCGAGAAGGAGUUCAGACUGGAUCCUAUGCUGGAGGACCAAGAGGCUCUCAUGGAGAGAAUGAACACGUGGAACUUCCAGAUCUUUGACCUGGUGGACAAGACGGGAGGAAAGUCGGGGAGAAUUCUCAGCUAUGUGACGUACACCCUUUUCCAGGACACGUGUCUGUUUGAAAUCUUCAAGAUCCCAGUGAGGGAGUUCAUGUCGUACUUCCAUGCUCUGGAAAAUGGCUACAGAGACAUUCCCUAUCAUAACCGGGUCCAUGCUACUGAUGUGCUCCACGCUGUCUGGUACCUGACCACUCGACCAAUCCCUGGGUUCCAGCAGAUCCACAGUGAACACGUGACAGGAAGUGACACAGAUUCAGACAGUGGGAUCUCUCCAGGCAGGAUAUCCUACGCCUCGUCCAAGAGCCUCUCCAUUUCAGACGACAGCUACGGCUGCCUGGCGUGGAACAUCCCCGCCCUGGAGCUCAUGGCCCUCUAUGUAGCAGCUGCAAUGCACGACUACGACCAUCCCGGUCGCACAAACGCCUUUCUCGUAGCCACUAAUGCACCUCAGGCAGUGCUGUACAACGACCGCUCGGUGCUGGAGAACCACCACGCCGCUUCGGCCUGGAGCCUCUACCUCGCCCAGCCCGAGUUCAACUUCUUGGUCAACCUGGACCACGUGGAGUUCAAGCGCUUCCGCUUCCUCGUCAUCGAAGCGAUCCUGGCCACAGACCUCAAGAAGCACUUUGACUUCCUGGCGGAGUUCAAUUCCAAGGUGAACGAUGUGAACAGUCCAGGAAUCGACUGGACCAACGAGAAUGACCGGCUGCUCGUGUGCCAAGUGUGUAUCAAGCUGGCAGACAUCAACGGACCGGCCAAAGUCCGGGACCUGCAUCUCAAAUGGACGGAGGGCAUUGUGAAUGAGUUUUACGAGCAGGGAGACGAGGAGGCCAGACUGGGGUUACCCAUCAGCCCCUUCAUGGACCGCUCCUCGCCGCAGCUCGCCAAGCUGCAGGAGUCCUUCAUCACCCACAUCGUCGGGCCUCUCUGUAACUCGUACGACGCCGCCGGCCUCCUGCCGGGCCACUGGAUCAACGAAGGGGGAUCGGACGACGAAGACGAGGAGGGGCAGGUGGACACGGACACGGAGGACGAGGAGGAAGAUGAGCUAGAAGACGAGCUUGCACCAAAAAGGCGGAAGAGACACCGCCGGUUGUUCUGCAGCAUCAUGCAGCACCUGACGGAGAACCACAAGGUGUGGAAGAAGACCAUCGAGGAGGAGGAGAAGAGCAAAGAGCCGCCGACGGAGAGCCUGCUCCCGAGUCUGCCCGCCGGCCUCCCCGUCUCCCCGUCCGAUGACAUCCAGGUCAUCCAGGAGGAGGAGGAGGGAGAGGAGCGCCAGUAGCAGCGUGACGAAGGAAAGAGUGGGGGGGGGGGAGAAGGUGAGAGGCAGGACAAGGACACGAGUCCACUCGACCGAGCGUCUGCCGACGUAAACACAGACAAAUGCACAUAAAAACACACUUUUUCUCCCUCUUUCUUUCACACACACACACAUUGAAGCGUUCACUGUGCAGACUGAAGCAGUCACAUUGAUCUUGGAGAAACAAAAAGGCCUUACUACUGUGAGCGGAUCCUUGCUGCAACGGUGGGAGCCCAAACUCCUAUGCACUUUCACCCCGUGGAGAGACAAGUGCACCCAGAGGGGGGGGG